CUGGAUCCUGUCGAGAUGAGCAUUCCUGGCUUAUCCCACGCCUUUGCUACAGUGACCUUCACUCCAGAACAAAAGGAGGACUACCAGUGCACUUUCACAGCUUCCCUUGUUAGCCCAAAAAGGUCUGUGAAGAUGAAACCCCAAGAGCUGACCUUCACUGUCAGUGGAGAGGGGCACGUGCCUCAGGUGACAGUCGAGUGCCCGGGCCUUCGGAGUAAGAGAGGAACCCCUGUGCUGCGCUUCAGGAGGCUCCUGCUGGGGGAUUCACAGACACUCCCCCUGGUCCUUCGUAACAAUGGCAUCAUACCCACAAAGUUUACAGUUCAUAUCAUGGAUGACCAGGGAGUUUUCUUCCUGAAAAGCACGCAGUCCGCACUCCGUGCCUUCCACACUGCAGACAUGGAAAAGGACUCCACUGGAAAAGCCAAGAAGCCUUACCUGCUCCUGGAACACGGGCAAUGAGCAGAGUUUGACGUGUUUUUCAAACCCACCCUGGCCCAACGUCUGAAAGGGAAGAUCCGUGUGCCAGUGUCAGGCAACAGUGAGAUCGACAUAGAGCUGGUGGGUGAAGGCCACAAUGAUGACUUCACCCUUGAUAACCUCCCUGGACUAGCAGAAGACAGCCAGGAGAGCAAUGCUGAGGGCAAUCUGGAGGACGACAUCAUUGAGGCUGUCAGAGCGAAUCACAUAAAGUUUGGGGAGUGUGCAGUCAGGGAGCUCUGCGACAAGACCUUCACAGUCACCAACCGCAGCAAGGAGGAGGUGAUGCAGUUUGAGUGUCUGCUGGCAG